GGGAGGCGCAGGCGCAGCGGGGACGGCCGCGGGGCCCGCGGGGCGGGCGGUCGCUAGAGUUCCGUUGCCCCGCCUGCCGGUUGCUAGGAGGCGGGACGCCUGCCAGGAGGAGGGUGCGGGCGUCGGGCCGUCUCUUUCCGGAGCCUGGCCGGGCCGAGGGCAGCGCGGCCGCCCGGGCCUGCAGGCGGCUAUGGAGCCGGGAAAGAGAAGAACCAAAGAUGAUACUUGGAAAGCAGAUGACCUCAGAAAACACCUUUGGGCGGCGCAGUCAGCCAGCUCCAAGGACGAGAAGAAACACAGAGACAAGAAGCUGCCCAAGGAAUCAGAAGCGGACCUCGCAGAAUACAAAGGGCACAAACCCAGGGACCCAGACCAGGACGCCAGGCACCGAGACAGGGUGUCUGGGAGGGAUGGCCCUGCUCCCCGGGAGCACCCCCAUGGGGACAGGGACAGGAGGAAGGACAGGGACAAGGCCAAGGAGAGACACCGGGAGCAGGAGGCCGAGAAGGCCCACGGCAGAGGGAAGGACCGCGAGAAGGAGAAGGAGCGAGAGCGCCGGGCUCGGCGGGAGGAGCUGAGGCAGGUGGCCGUGCACCACCACCUGCUGGGCCGCGAGGUGCGAGGGUGGCCGCCGCCCGACAGGCCGGAGCGCAGGCGGGCAGUAAGUAAAGCAAGAGUUGAAGAGAGGGACCUGAGAGACGAAGACUCUGAAAGAGGAGACGAGAGAGAAAGAAGAUACCGGGAAAGAAAGCUGCAGUACGGUGACAGCAGAGACAACCCCCUCAAGUACUGGCUGUACAAGGAGGAAGACGAGCGACGACACAGGAAGCCGAAAGAGCCAGACCAAGGAAGGAAACACCCUCGCGAAAAAAGCAGCACACGGGAGAGAAGAGACAAGGACUGGAAGGAGAAAAGUCACUCGUUCUCUGACAGGGAGGGCGAAGACAGACACAAAGAAAAACGCCGAAACGAAGGCUUUCACUUUGAGGACGAGAAGCCCCGAGGCCACGUGGACAAGAAGGAGCCCAGGAGGAGGGAGGCCAAGGAUGAUGAACACAGAAAUCGAGGCGCAAGUUCAAGGAGAGAAGGGAUUGGCAGCCAGCAUGCAGAGAAUUUAGCGAGGAGUAGUGGAAAAGAUAAAGACUCGAGAAGAAAGGAAGUUGAAAAGGAAGACAUUGAUUUAGAAAGUGCUGGAGCUGAUGAAUAUACAGCCAGUUUUGAGGAUGAUUUUGAAGACUAUGAGGACGACUUUGAGGUCUGUUCUGGGGAUGAUGUUGGCGCGGACGAGCCCGAGUCAGGAGAAGCGGUGGAGGAGCUCCCCCCAGCCAGGAGGCGGGAGAUUCAGGAGAUUCAGAGAGCCAUUCACGCGGAGAACGAGCGCAUCGGCCAGCUGUCCUCGAGGCUGCUGGAGACGCAGGACCAGCCAGUUCAAGCCAGGGGCCCAGGGCCAGAUGCAAACAGUUCCCCUUCCAAAACCCCUGUUUGUGGAAUUUUCGUGGAUUUUGCAACAGCCUCACACCGUCAAAAGAGUCGGACUCAGGCCCUUAAGCAAAAGACACGCAGCACCAAGCUGCUCAGGCUCAUCGACCUAGACUUCUCGUCCUCCUUCUCCCUCUUGGACCUCCUGCCCGUGAGCGAGUAUGACAGGUACAUCAGGAGCUUCGGGAGGAAAAACACCAAGCAGGCCUACGUUCAGUGUAAUGAAGAUCGUGUGGAAAGGGACGCCCAGACUGAGGAGGUCGAGACCCGGGAGGCGUGGACGCAGCACCCAGGGGAAGGCGCAGCCGUGUCUGGGGGGAGUGAGCAGAGCGACCCCUGUGACGGGGCCAUCGUCCCGAAGGUCGACACGCCCCGGCUGUCCAGCUUCCUCCGGGCAGCCUGCCAGGUGAUGGCGGUUUUGCUGGAGGAGGACCGCGCGGCAGCUGGGCCGAACUGGACCCCGCUGGCACAGGAGGGCACCCUGCCGUUCAGCGAUAGCUGCGCCCCGCUGAACACCAGCCUGCCCUUCCUUCAGCACCGAAGAGUGUGCUGCCUGCAUGCCUCUCAAGUUCAUAGGCGGACGGUGGUGUCCGUCCACGGGCUGCCUGGCAAGGCCGUCUCGCCCCUGCUGGACAGCAGAUACGUGCUCUGUGUGUGGGACAUCUGGCAGCCCUCGGGGCCUCAGAAGACCCUGAUAAGCGAGUCAGAGGUCACGUGCUGCUGCUUUAGCCCCUUGAAAGCCUGUUUGCUGUUUGCCGGAACCGCGCAUGGCACGGUGGUCGUGUGGGAUCUGAGAGAAGAUUCCAGGAUCCAUCGUUACGUGAAGCUGAGCGAGGGCUUCUGGACGUUCAGGACCCCAACUUUUUCCACGGAUGGCGUCCUCACCGCUGUCAACCACCAAAGUCCCCUCCAAGCAGUAGAGCCGGUCUCAGCAUCCGUCUGCAAAAGACAGAGCUCCGUGCUGUCACCUUUCUCUACUCAAGAAGACCCGGCGUGUUUGUCCUCCCACAUUGCCUCGCUGGAUGAGAGCGGCGUCCUCAACCUGUGGGUGGUCGUCGAAUUACCAAAGGCAGAUAUUGCAGGUUCACUGCGUGACUUAGGCUUGAUACCUGGAGGUAGGAUAAAAUUGGUGCACGGUGCCGUGAUUCAGCUGAGCGACAGCCUUUCCUGUAAAGGGUGUGAACCUUGGUCCGCGCAGACGCUGACGGUUAAGUUCCUGCCCUCAGACCCUAACCGCUUCGUCGUUGGCACAGACUUGGGCCUCAUCAGCCACGGCUCCAGGCAGGACUCGAGGGCGUCCCCCAGACUGUUCCGACCCCAGCAGCCGGGCGUGAGGCCGGUGAGAGUGACCGCAAUCGACUUCUCACCGUUCGGAGAACCCGUGUUUCUGGCCGGCUGUUCCGACGGGAGCAUCCGCCUGCACCAGCUGGCGGCCGAGCGCCCCCUCCUGCAGUGGGAGGACAGCACCGGCGGCCGUGCGGUCACCGGCCUGCGCUGGGCCCCGACCAGACCUGCUGUGUUCCUGGUCCAGGACGACGCAUCCUGUGUGUACAUUUGGGACCUCCUGGAAAGCGAUUUGGGUCCUGUAGCCAAGCACCCCGUCUCUCCAGACAAGCUGGUGGCCAUGACCGUCGUGGGGGAAGCAGAGAAGACCCGCGGCAGCUUCCUGGCGUUGGUGCUGGCCAGAGCCUCGGGCCGCGUGGACAUCCAGUACCUGAAGCAGGAGUGGGCGGCCCCGGCAGGCGAGGAGCAGCGGAGGCUGCGGCUGCUUCUGCAGGAGGCCCUGUAGGAGGCAGGGGCCUGGGGGGCCAGCAUGUGCUGUCCAGGGCAGGGCCCAGGGCGACCCAGAUGUCACACCCAUGCGUGUCCCUUCCUGUGGCUAGAAGGCAGGUGUCAGUACGCAAGUCACUUUCCAAGAACGUCCCUUCCGUAACACCAUGAAUAAAUCGCUAUUUUUGAAUGGAAA